AGUGGGGGUGGGAAGGAGACAGACACUAAUUCCGUCUUUCCUAAUCCUCCAUUCUGCAAGUCUUCUACGGUCAUUGACAGAGUCCAGUACAACACAAGCUAACAAUUUUAGCUCUCUAUCACACUCAUAAACCCCUGAAUAUGGGAGAGGGAUUGUCAGCACAGUGGUAAUCGUGAUUUAAAUACAUAUCCAUAAACCUGUGGAGACAACGGGAGAAUGUAAGACAACCAAGACGGGACAGAAGUCAAGAUGGGUGAAGCUCCAAAGGGUUUGCUCUCUGUGAUGCAGAAGCUAAAGGGAUCCGCAGAGCUGGAGCUCAGGAUAGUUCUGCUGGGUCUGGACAACGCUGGUAAAACCACACUGCUCAAGUGUCUCGCCUCGGAGGACGUGAACACCAUCACACCAACACAGGGCUUUAACAUCAAAAGCGUUGCCUCUCAUGGGAUGAAACUGAACGUGUGGGACAUCGGCGGACAGAGAAAGAUCCGUCCUUUUUGGAAAAAAUACCUAGAAAACACAGAUUUAUUGGUUUAUGUCAUAGACAGCGCUGACAAGAAGCGGUUUGAGGAAACAGGAUUGGAGCUGUCAGAGCUGACAGAUGAGGAAAAUCUCGCAGGCGUUCCCAUUCUCAUCUUUGCGAAUAAGCAGGAUCUAGGUACGGCGUCUCUGGCCAGCGAGAUCGCCGAGGGUUUGAACCUGCACACAUACAGAGACCGAGUCUGGCAGAUCCAGGCCUGUUCGGCGGUCACAGGAGAGGGUGUGCAGGACGGUAUGAAUUGGAUCUGUAACAACCUCGUCAACAGGAAGAAAUGAACCUUUCUGCCAUAUAACACCUCGUCGACUGAACAAGCAUAUAACAACACCCGUGCGAUAACAGCAUGAUUUCCAUGUAAUCAGUACAAUAAGCUCAAAGGGCUCUAAAGGUGUUCGCAUUUUCCUUUAAAUAUACUGUUUGUAUGUAAAAGAAUAAUUGGUUUUAUUUUUAAACACUUGCCUUUAGUGUCUCCGUUUAGUAUUUUAUGCACUCAUUUUAAAUUUUACAAUUUGCAUAUACUGUGUAUGAACUAGAGACAGAGUUUAGAAAAGCAAUUAGAAAUGGGGUGCAUUCUACAGACAGACAUCUCUCACAAACAAUAAUUGCAUACUAUUUUGUUUGAGUAGGCCUGUUUUCAAAUAAAUCAUGGUAUUGCACUGUACUUUCGAACUGGCUGUUGGCAAUUAGUGGAUCAUCAGAGAAGAUUUUGUCUUGGUGUCUGUUCUUGUUUUCCUUAGAAUAGCAAAUUAAUCAAAUAAAUAAACACAUUUACUGUACAUAUCAAAGUAACUUAUUACCAGUG